CUUUCCUUCGUCUAACCUUGACGCUCAUCUGCCGCUGCUGCUACCGCGACUCUCGACUCCCGAGACGCCCCUUACCCAUGUUCCGGGGCGGGAGUCCUGAAAGCGAAGACCUAGCUGGUACCCAAUCAUGUCCGAACUGACUAAAGAGCUGAUGGAGCUAGUGUGGGGCACCAAGAGCAGCCCUGGUCUCUCUGACACCAUCUUUUGCCGCUGGACGCAAGGGUUUGUGUUUAGUGAAUCAGAGGGAUCUGCGUUAGAACAGUUUGAAGGUGGCCCCUGUGCUGUUAUUGCACCUGUUCAGGCAUUUCUUUUGAAGAAGCUCCUGUUUUCUUCUGAGAAGUCAUCGUGGAGGGAUUGCCCAGAGGAAGAACGGAAAGAACUCCUUUGUCACACCUUGUAUGAUAUAUUAGAAAGUGCUUGUUGUGACCACUCUGGAUCCUACUGCUUGGUUUCGUGGUUAAGAGGAAAGACAGCUGAGGAAACUGCUAGUAUUUCUGGGAAUCCUGCAGAGUCUAGUUGCCAAGUGGAAUCUUCUUCUGCCUUGGCUGUCGAAGAGCUUGGCUUUGAGCGAUUUCAUGCAUUAAUUCACAAAAGAUCUUUCAGAAGUUUAUCAGAAUUAAAAGAUGCUGUCUUGGACCAGUAUUCAGUAUGGGGAAACAAAUUUGGAGUAUUGCUUUUUCUGUAUUCGGUGUUACUGACAAAGGGUAUUGAAAACAUAAAAAAUGAAAUUGAAGAUGCAACUGAGCCUUUAAUAGAUCCUGUAUAUGGACAUGGCAGCCAAAGUUUAAUUAAUCUCCUGUUGACGGGACAUGCUGUAUCGAAUGUAUGGGAUGGUGAUAGAGAAUGCUCAGGAAUGAAACUUCUUGGUAUACAUAAACAAGCAUCUGUAGGCUUUUUAACAUUGAUGGAGGCUUUAAGAUACUGUAAGGUUGGUUCCUACUUGAAAUCUCCAAAAUACCCUAUUUGGAUUGUUGGCAGUGAAACUCACCUCACCGUAUUUUUUGCCAAGGGUAUCUUUGAUGCUAAAAGAGAAAAACGUGUAUUCAGCUGUGGUGGCCUGAGAAGGCUUAUCCUCAUGAUUGGUAAGAACAGAUCUAAUUUUGUAGUUUGUUCCUUCAUUAGUGAAUCAGAUAAUGGAUUCAUACCUGAUUCUCUUCUAGAAGAUGUGAUGAAAGCACUGGACCUUGUUUCAGAUCCUGAAUAUAUAAACCUCAUGAAGAAUAAAUUAGAUCCAGAAGGAUUAGGAAUCAUAUUAUUGGGUCCAUUUCUUCAAGAGUUUUUUCCUGAUCAGGGUUCCAGUGGUCCAGAGUCCUUUACUGUCUACCACUACAAUGGAUUGAAGCAAUCAAAUUAUAAUGAAAAGGUAAUGUAUGUCGAAGGGACUGCUGUUGUAAUGGGUUUUGAAGAUCCCAUGCUGCAGACGGAUGACACUCCUAUUAAACGCUGUCUGCAAACCAAAUGGCCGUACAUCGAAUUGCUCUGGACCACUGAUCGUUCUCCUUCAUUAAACUGA